AUGUCUUGGCCGGAAGCCGGCGCCAACGCCUCCUCCUGGGUCGUUGCUUCUCGGCGGAGUGCAGCGCUGCCUCGGGCUCCGGAAAGGCCGGAGAAGGAGCCGAGCCAAGGCGGUCGCGGAGGCCAGAAGGCCGGCGGGGGUGGCAGCUGGAGGGGCCACUCCGGCGUCCAGCAGCCCGUGGGCGCUGGUUUCCGGGAGCCGCCUCUCUCCUUCAGGCUGAAGAACGACUGGGUGGGCGCGGUGAUCGGGCGUGGUGGGUCAAAAAUAAAAGAGAUCCAGAGCUCAACAUACACCAAAAUACAGAUAAUAAAAGGGGACCCUGAAGCGGAAGUAAGAAUUUUUGGCACCAAGGCAAUGCAGAGCAAAGCGAAAACAGUGAUAGAUAAUCUUGUUCAAAAACAAGAAGACUACAAAACAGAGCCCAAAGUUGAUGUUGCUGUUGUCCAACCUUCGGAUGGAAAAGGUGCAAGUAAAGAUGUUUCAGGAAAUCAGAAAUUGGUUGAUUGGGAUAAGUUCCGAGGAAAUAUUUUGAAAUGGAGCAAAAAAAAGUGGGCAGUUAAAAUUUGGGGUUUUGUCCCAGGUUUACCUCCAAUUAAGAAAAACUUUUACGUGGAGUCAGAAACAACACGUUCAAUGUCACAAGACCAAGCAGACAAUUGGAGGAGGGAAAAUUAUAAUAUAAUGUGUGAUGACUUGAAAGGUGGUGAGAAACGUCCUCUUCCCAACCCUAUUGCUAAUUUUGAGGAUGCAUUUCACUGUUAUCCUGAAGUUAUGAGAAACCUUCAGAAGGCAGGUUUUCAAAGGCCAACACCAAUUCAGUCACAAGCAUGGCCAAUCAUUCUACAAGGAGUAGAUCUUAUAGGAGUAGCUCAGACUGGAACGGGGAAGACAUUGUCCUACUUAAUGCCUGGAUUUAUUCAUAUUGACUCACAACCACUAGGCAGGAAUGGGCCGGGCAUGUUAGUCCUCACCCCGACUCGAGAACUAGCUCUGCAGGUGGAAGCUGAGUGCCGUCAGUAUUCAUAUAAAGGUCUUAAAAGUGUUUGUGUAUAUGGUGGUGGCGAUAGAGAUGGACAAAUAAAAGACUUAGCAAAAGGUGUCGAUAUCAUUAUUGCCACUCCCGGAAGACUCCACGAUCUGCAAAUGAAUAACUUUGUGUACCUGAAGAGCAUAACCUACCUGGUAUUAGAUGAAGCUGACAAGAUGCUGGAUAUGGGAUUUGAACCCCAGAUAAUGAAGAUUUUAUUAGAUGUACGCCCAGACAGGCAGACAGUUAUGACAAGUGCAACGUGGCCAUGUGCUGUCCGUAGACUCGCACAAUCUUAUUUGAAAGAGCCCAUGAUUGUGUAUGUUGGUACUUUGGAUCUAGUUGCUGUGAGUACCGUGAAGCAAAAUAUAAUUGUCACCACAGAAGACGAGAAACGAUCACAUAUCCAAACUUUCAUCGAGAGCCUGUCUCCCAAAGACAAAGUCAUAAUAUUUGUUAGCCGGAAAGCUGUGGCUGAUCAUUUAUCAAGUGACCUGUGUAUCCGGCAUAUAUCAGUAGAGUCUCUGCAUAGCAACAGAGAACAGAGUGAUCGAGAGAGAGCAUUAAAAAACUUUAAAACAGGGAAAGUGCGAAUACUGAUUGCUACCGAUUUAGCAUCUCGUGGUCUUGAUGUCCAUGAUGUCACACACGUCUAUAAUUACGAUUUUCCCCGGAACAUCGAAGAAUAUGUGCACAGAGUAGGGCGCACCGGGAGAGCAGGGAGGACCGGGGUAUCUGUUACCCUUAUCACUAGAAAUGAUUGGAAGAUUUCCGGUGAAUUAAUUAAUAUUCUGGAAAGAGCAAAUCAGAGUGUCCCAGAGGAUCUUGUGGUGAUGGCUGAGAGAUAUAAAGCAAAUAAACUGAAAAAAGAAAUGGAAAAUAAGUGGGAAAGACCCCAAGGAAAACCCAAGAAGUUUUAUUAUUAA